ACCAUUGUUGACGUAGCGCGGGUUUUCUUUUCACUUUUGCACACACAUUCUUUUCCCGCCACACUGUUCGCGUCACACACACAGACACUGCAGACAGUACUUCAGUGUGGAACCACCGCAAAGACAUUUAAAAAGAGAAAUGUCUUUUAGAUCAAAAAAUGGACGCUCUGCUGCAGAAAGCAAAGAAUCUGAAAACCGGGAUAGCGGCCCAUCACCGUGGUCUCAGAGCAGGAAGAGGGGGGCCGAUGGCAGCCUGAGGAACAAGAGGGAGGAGAACGAUGAGAAGCUCCCAAAACACCCAGACGACAGACCUGCCAGGCAGUCGGACUGGGGCAGCCAGGUAGAGAAGGAGGAAGAUCUCAUAAAGGAUGUUAACAAGGACAUGCACCGUUACAGGAGGAGGCUGCUGGAUGCAGAGUUCUCUCGGCGGGAGAGGAAGAAUUCUUCUGGCAGCUCUGACUCUAGAGAGUCGCCGCUUCCUACCAGUGCAGAGAUGGAGACGGAUGAAUCCGUUUUAUUACGACGACAGAAACAGAUCAACUAUGGAAAGAACACCUUAGCCUAUGAUAGAUACGUCAAAGAGGUCCCAAAACAUCUGCGGCAGCCCGGCCUUCAUCCAAAGACUCCCAACAAGUUCAAGAAGUACAGCCGGCGCUCCUGGGACCAGCAGAUCAAACUGUGGAAGGUGAAGCUCCACGCCUGGGAUCCCCCUGCCCAGGAAGGCCAGGAGAGAGACCUUGACGACAUUGAGGAGCUGGACCUGGAGGACGUGAUGGACAUCGAGCUGGAUUUCCCGACGCUCCCAGAGGCCCUCAGCAGCUCUUCUUCCUCCCGCCUUCCGGUUCCGUCGUUAAAGGACGAAUGUGCCGGUACACCGAAUAAAAUGAUGAAGACGGAGGAGUCACCGGAAUAAAGUGAUGAACACGGAGGAGUCACCGGAAUAAAGUGAUGAACAUGGAGGACGCACUGGAAUAACGCAACCAUCUGAAGACACUAUCGGGUUCUUCCUCCAUUGCUUCUGAGAUCAGGAAGUUAUUUUCCCCAUUUGUAUUUAGGAUUCAUUUAAGAAACAACUAACCGUUGUUAAUCCGCUGUGAUCCGCUUUAGAUCUGCCUUACCUUCUCUCCAUUGUUUACAGGAAUCAGCCGUAAUUUACACAUUUCCUGGGGAUGAAAUGUCUCAUAGUGCCUCAAACCUUGAUAUUCUUUUUCUCCUUCCUUUUCCAUCACUAUCGGGGCUGAAGUUCCUAUGUGUAGAUUUACCUCUUGACGCUGUCACAUGCAGGCAGCGUCUACAUUGUAAGCUCUUAAAAGUAUUUUUAUGAAUGUAAAGUUUACCAAAUCGUUAUUGCACUGAGUAUGUUUUAUAACUCACUGGGCUUGUUAAAGACAUAUGUUGUGUUACUAGUUUGAACUGAUUUAAAGCCUUUAAUGUUCAAUCGAGCAUAUCUGUAAAUAAUGUUGACUAACGGCUUUUUAAUGUUUAUUUUGAAAAAUAAAUAAAAAAAAUAGCAACGUUUCUUGGAGUACACAAAAAUGGGUUUGGGUUUGAAUUAUAUAAUUAUUUUGUUUUAAGUGCUGUUGUACUUUCUGUUUUUUAUAUAUUUGUUUCCCAAUUCUGUUUUGAAAUAAAGUUUGGCUGUUGCUAAUGCUGUGGGAGAUUUGUUUGUAGAAAAGUUUAGUUCCUCCUUUAUAGUAAGCCUAUGACAACAUUUGUUGGUAUAUUUUAUUAAUCAAAUUCUAAAUGCGUUUAUUUCGACCAUAUUGGGGUCAGGGUUAGUCCAAUUGGGCCCUAGAUGUGAGGAUAUUUUAUUUUGUUUACAUAGAUUAUAGUGUGUAUUUUCUGACUGCUCCAGCAAUGAUAGUUUUAAGCUAUAUGAUUAUAUAUAAUUUUUUGAGGAAUGCUCUGUAAAGGUAACUAGAAACCACAAAUAAAAUGUAGUUACUUAAACAUU